GGCCAUUGGUCAUUGUUUCUUGCAAGACAACAGUAGUUCAUAAUCGAUCCUCUUAUCAAUCAGUGCCUUAACUUACUUAGGCUAAAAUGUAUUUGAAAAUACUAAAAUAUACGAUAAUUUUAUAUUUAACUUUACUCAGUAAAUGUCACUGUAAAACUUUGGACUCUCUUGUCACCACAAAAGUUGGUUUGAUUCGGGGAUUGAAAGCAGAAGAUGGUGAUUAUUCUAUGUUUUUAGGGAUACCGUUCGGAAAAGUUGAAGAAAGCAAUCCUUUCGGACCAUCCAUACCAUAUGGAAAUUUUGAUGGAAUUUUUGAAGCCUACGAUGAUACUGCCAUUUGUCCACAAGUUGAAGAAUUUAACAACACAAUUGUUGGUUCACUCGAUUGCCUUCAUUUAAACAUUUAUGUACCCAAUACCGCUAAGGCAGGAUCUUUACCAGUUCUUGUAUGGAUUUAUGGUGGAGCAUUUCAAAUAGGAUUUGCUGGUAGAUUUUUAUAUGGACCGAAAUACUUUGUGAGACACGAUAUAAUUUUAGUUACUGUAAAUUAUCGUGUCGGACCAUAUGGAUUUAUGUGCCUUAAUGAUCCAAAGGUACCAGGUAACCAAGGUUUCAAAGACCAACUCUUGGCUCUGAGAUGGAUAAAAGACAAUAUUGAUUCUUUCGGUGGCAACUCGGACAAGAUUACGUUAUUUGGAGAAAGUGCCGGUGGAGUUUCAAUAGAUUAUCAUUUAUUUUCCCAACAAGAAAAAUUAUUUAACAACCUAAUAAUCCAAAGUGGUACUACAUUCUUACCUUCACUUAUUGGUGAGCCUGAGUCUACUCGUACACUCAAUUUGGCAUCAAUGUUAGGUUUUGAAACGACAGAUUUAAAUGAAGCCCUUUCUUUCCUUAAUAAGCAGACUACUAAUUCAGUUAUAGCUGCUAUGAGACAAGUACCAAGGUACUUACCUUGUGUCGAAAAUGAUUUUGAAAACGUGGAAAAAUUAAUAUCAGAUUAUCCUUUUAACCUGGACAUACCCAAGGUUAAAGACGUGGCAAUAUUAAUUGGCCAUACCGAUGAUGAGAGGCUUCCACUGCACGUAAACAAAAAUCCAGAAUAUUAUGAAAACUUAAAUAUAUUCCAUGGCAAGUUAGUUAACGCUUUCAAUUUUAAUUCUCUGGAACUAGCAAAGGCUGUUAAAAAUUUCAGGCAUUUUUAUAUUGGCGAUGAGAAGAUUUCUAUAAAAGAACAAUUUAAUAUCAUAGAUUUUGAUUCAGAUUUUACUUACGUUCAUCCAACUCUAAGAAGCAUUGAAAAAUAUAAGGAAAACAAUGCCGGAGAUAUAUUCUAUUAUGUAUUUUCUUAUAAUGGUGAUAGAAAUUUUGUCAAGAAAAGGGUUAACAUAACGAUUGGUGGUGCAGCACAUGCUGACGAGAUUGGCUAUUUAUUUGACAUAUCUUACAUGAAGGAUGAACCAUCGUACGAAGACCAGCUAGUUAUUGAUAGAAUGACGACACUUUGGGCUAAUUUCGUUAAAUACAGCAACCCAACGCCGGAGACUACAGACUUAUUACCUGUCGACUGGAAGCCUGUGGAAGAUAAUUUACUGCACUACCUUGAAAUAGAUUCAGAGCUGACAUUAAAGAAACGACCUUUCAAUAAGAGAAUGGCAUUCUGGGAUUUAUUUUAUAGGCACAAUUAUAAGUUGCAAAAAGGAUAUAGAAAUAGGGACAACUGAUAGCAUUUUGCUGACUAAUAUUUUGUUACAAUGACAAUGAAUGAAUACCCUAAAAAAUUUGUAA